AUGUUGAGAAAGACAAGGGGUAUUGCCCCCGGUGUGCUGCACUUAAUGAAAGCUUUGGCUCGCAUUGUAUCAAUUGAGGAAUCGUCUUUUGAGCUCCCGGCAGAUAUUGAUCCUAGCAAAGACCUUCAAAAACUUGUGCUCGAAGCAAUUUCACUUCCACAUUCAAAUGCUGACAGCGAAUACAUAUUCAGCCAAAUCAACUUAAUUAAAACUAUGUCUCGCAAUAAAAUAGUAACUGCGACGAUUACUGUAAACACAACCCUGCUUAUCCGGCAUAUACCUCAUUAUUGUUCCUUAUCAUUUGACUAUGGUACUUGCUUCGGCUCAUUCGAUCGAUGGGGAUGGGAUAAACUUACAAAGAACUGUAAACGAUAUUUGUACUCGGGCUGUGGAGGUAAUCAAAAUAACUUUCUGAACCGCGCCGAUUGUUUGAACACCUGUCUGUAUCCUGCCAACAAUACCGCAAUGCUGCAAGGAGUUCCUCAAAUAACCACGUGCAUUCCGUUGAAUUUCAUUGAUGCAUGA